GUUUUACACUUGAACGUGGUCCACUGAGGAAGAAACCACCGAGCAAGUACCUCUUAUCUCCGGUGCUCCUCAACCAGUCGGAGAUGCUCUAUCUGCGGUGCCGUUCACGGUCGCGUCCGCCGCCCAGGUGUUGGGACACGAUGCGGGCGCGUCUUUAAUUCGCAUGCAUGCGCUUGACGUCGUCUUCCCCGGUCCGGUUCGCAGACCGAUGGGAAGAUGCUGAGCAGACUAAUGAGUAGUAGCAUCCGGAGUCUGGACCGGGAGUGCAACUGCACCGUGCGGCUGCUGGACGAUUCCGAGUACACCUGCACCAUACAGCGGGAUGCAAAGGGGCAGUACCUUUUUGACCUCAUCUGCCACCACCUCAACCUGCUUGAGAAAGACUACUUCGGCAUCAGAUAUGUGGACCCAGACAAGCAGCGGCACUGGUUGGAGUUCUCAAAAUCCAUUGCCAAACAAAUGAAGUCUCAGCCUCCUUUCACCAUGUGCUUGCGUGUUAAGUUCUACCCGCCUGACCCUGCCGCCCUACGGGAGGAAAUCACCAGAUAUCUGGUGUUCCUUCAGGUGAAGCGAGACCUCUACCAUGGCCGCCUGCUGUGCAAAACCUCAGAUGCCGCUCUACUGGCUGCGUAUAUUUUACAAGCUGAGAUUGGCGACUACGACCCUGGAAAACACCCUGAAGGAUACAGUUCCAAGUUCCAGUUCUUCCCCAAACACUCAGAAAAACUGGAGCGGCGGAUCGCCGAUAUCCACAAGACAGAGCUGAUAGGUCAAAGCCCUGAAACAUCAGAGCUGAACUUCCUCCAGAAGGCUCAGAUGUUGGAGACAUAUGGAGUUGACCCACAUCCAUGCAAGGAUGUGUCUGGAAAUCCAGCUUUUCUGGCAUUCACUCCAUUUGGAUUCACCGUGCUGCAAGGAAACAGGAGGAUUCAUAUCCUCACAUGGGAUGAGGUGACCAAGCUGAAGUUUGAAGCCAAGACAUUCCAUAUUUAUGCAAAUCAGACUGAGGACCAGAAGAUCAUACUGACCUAUUUUGCACCGACACCUGAGGCCUGUAAGCACCUGUGGAAGUGUGGUGUGGAAAAUCAAGCCUUUUACAAGUUGGAGAAGUCCAGUCAAGUGCGCACUGUGUCCAGUAGCAAUCUUUUCUUCAAGGGUAGUCGGUUUAGAUACAGUGGGAAGGUCGCAAAAGAAGUGAUGGAACAAAGUGCCAAAAUUAAAAGGGACCCGCCUGAGAUCCACAGGGCGGGCAUGGUGCCAAGCAGGAGCUGUCCAUCUAUCACGCAUGGCCCUCGUUUGACGAGCGUGCCCAGGACGAGACGGAGAGCAGUACACAUCUCCAUCAUGGAGGGUCUGGAGUCCCUCCGCGACAGCGCCCACUCCACGCCGGUUCGCUCGGUCUCCCAUGGCGACUCCUUCCUGCCCACCCGAGGCCGCACAGUGGACGGCGGCGAGGCCGGUGCAUCAGCGGUCAUCUCUGAUGAAGCCUACAGUCCCUCGGACAGCGUCCUCCCUACGCCCGUGGCCGAACGCGGAAUGGAGAUGCACCUCAACGGCGCCCCCUGUAGCAUCGACGAGGACGAGUUUGGUGCAUCGCCAGAUGCGGCGGACAAAAGGAGAGCCCCACGGGCACUUAAAAGCAGAGCGUCGCCCCCGAGCGAUGUGGAGGAACUGCACAAGUUCAUCCUGAGUGUUCUCCGCUUGUUCCUGGUCACUAUUGGACUGCUCUUCGCCCUCCUGCUGCUUCUCAUAGUGCUGACCGAAUCCGACUUGGACGUGGCCUUCCUGAGAGACAUCCGCACCACGCCCGAAUUCCAGCAGUUCCACUUUGAGUACUUCUGCCCGCUGCGGCGCUGGUUCGCCUGUAAGCUCAGAUGGAUAGGAGGGCUCUUGAUCAGCAAGUAAAUAGGACGAAAAGAAUGACCGUCUAAAUUUAGUUAAACAGCUUUUGCCAAGUCACAAGCCAUGGAUUGAAGUAGGAUCGCUGUAUUUAAUCUUCACAAGUCACUUUGAGAGAGAUGAUGCCGGUCAUUUAACUUCAUGAAGUUGAUUUAAAUGAUUUGGAAACACUAGAAAACAUUUUUAGUUAGCACGUGCUCAAGCACCCUUGAAAAUUGGCACUCAUUCCCAAAAUCAUUGAUAUGAUUAAAAAUUAAUGCACUGCUGUAUUUAUUACUUUAAACACACUCAUUUAAUUAUUAAUAAUGGAGGCAAAGAGAAGUUACCCUAUUUUCUGGACUAUAAAUCGCUGCAGAAUAUAAGUCGAACUAGUCAAAAAAUGGCUCAUUACAACACAAAACAUAGAUAGGUCGCACCUGACUAUAAGUUAAAACAGUUACUAGUGUAACGUAUGCAACAAAAUAGCAGUUCAAAAGAAAUGACUUGUUACCAAAACCACAGCAACGCUACUUAGUCCUAAAUUAGCAUUAAACGUAAACUUCCUUUAGCUUAGCAAGAUAAAAUGUUGCAGCGCUUCAGCUCAACAACAGCCACUUCAACAGUUUUCUUAAACUUUCAUAGCAUGCAAACAGACAACACAUUUACUUACGGUUUUGGAUACUAUUCGGCUCAGUGAAAAUCCAGUCAGAUUAGCCUAACUUUAGUGGCUUCGCUUCCAUCGCAUUAGCUCCCAACUUGUAAAAAGCAAGUUGCAGUCCAACUUGCCUUUAAAGUGUUCCAUGCGUAGUCCAUUUUAUGCUAAGGCUUCAUACAGUGGUAUGAAAAUGUAUCUGAACCUUUUUGGAAUUUCUCAAACUUCUUCAUAAAAUCAACAUCAAAUGUGAUCUGAACUUUGUCAAAAUCACACAGAUGAAAAUACAGUAUCUGCUUUAACUAAAAUCGCCCAAAUAUUUAUAGGUUUUCAUAUUCAAUGGGGAUAGCAUGCAAACAAUGACAGAAGGGGGGGAAAUAAGUAAGUGAACCCUCUGCCUAAGGAGACCUAAAGAGCAACUGAAAACAAUUUUUACCAAACAAUUUAAGUCGGGUGUGUGCCGAAUCAAAGAUGAGUGGUUUAAAGCUUCCCUGCCCACUAUAAAACACACACCUGGUAAGAAAUGUCUUGAUGAGAAGCAUUGUCUGAUGUGCAUCAUGGCUCGGUCAAAAGAGCUGUCUGAAGACCUGUGAUCAAGAAUUGUUAAUUUGUAUAAAGCUAGGAAAGGAUACCCAACCAUCUCUAAAAGUCUGGAUGUUCAUCAUUUGACAGUUAGAGAAGUUGUCUACAAAUUGAGAGAGUUUGGCACUGUUGCUUCUCUCCCUAGGGGUGGCUGUCCGCCAAAGGUGACGCCAAGAGUUCAGCGCAGAAUACUCAGAGAGGUAAAAAAAGAACCCUGGAGUGUUUGCUUAAGACUUACAGAAAUCACUGGCACAGUCCAAUCUCUCUGUAGACACAUUGACUAUAUGUAAAACGAUGGCCAGGAAUGGUGUUCAUUGGAGGACUCCACGGAGGAAGCCACUGCUGUCUAAAAAAAAAAAAAACAUUGUUGCUCAUUUAAUGUUUGCAAAAGGCACUUGGACACUCCACAGAAGUUUUGGCUAAAUAUUUUGUGGACUGAUGAAACCAAAGUUGAAUUGUUUGGGAGUAACACACAACGUCAUGUGUGGAGGAAAAAUGGACCAGCUCACCAACAUCAACACCUAAUCCCUACCAUGAAGCAUGGUGGAGGGAGCAUGAUUUGGGGCUGUUUUUGCUCAUCAGGG